AUGCGGGAGGCAGAUUUGACUCUGCCAUAUCCCACCACAGCCCCCACAGCCAGACCACACACCGACAGGCGGAGAGAGCUUGAUGGCGUGUUGGCGAUACAACCUGAGACUGAGGACCACACUGGAGACUCUUCUGAACCUCACACUGGAGACUCUUCUGAACCUGACACUGAACACAGUGCUGAUUGGAAGGAGACCAGAGAACCUGCGUCAGGUUCAGAAUCACUGAAAAAUAGACAAGAAUCCGUCAGUGAUCCACGACGUAGUGCUGAAAAGAAACCAUUCAGCUGCUCAGUCUGUAAGAAAGCUUUUAGACAUAGAAAUGAUCUAAAUCGACACAUGAAAAUUCACACAGGAGAGAAACCCUUUCGCUGCUCAGUUUGUGAGAAAGCUUUUUCACGGAGUGAAAAUGUAAAGAAACACAUGAGAAUCCACACAGGAGAGAAAGCACACAGUUGCUCAGUAUGUAAGAAAGCUUAUUCACAGAAUAUACAUUUAAAGCUACACAUGAGAGUCCACACAGGAGAGAAAGCACACAGUUGCUCAGUCUGUAAGAAAGUUUUUUCAAGGAAUAUAAGUUUAAAGACACACAUGAGGGUCCACACAGGAGAGAAACCAUUCAAAUGCUCAGUUUGUGAGAAAGAUUUUUCACGGAGUGGAAAUUUAAAGGAACACAUGAGAAUCCACACAGGAGAGAAAGCACACAGCUGCUUAGUCUGUAAGAAAGUUUUUUCAAGGAAUAUAAGUUUAAAGACACACAUGAGGGUCCACACAGGAGAGAAACCAUUCAAAUGCUCAGUUUGUGAGAAAGAUUUUUCCCGGAGUGGAAAUUUAAAGGAACACAUGAGAGUCCACACAGGAGAGGAAAUAUACAGCUGCAAUGUUUGUGACAAAAGAUUUAAAUGGCGUAGUCAUUUCAAAAGACACAAGUGUGUUGGUCGUCAGUCCUCACAGCUUAAUUCAAUUCAAACUGAGGAUAACGGAGAGGCAGAGCCUCCAAUCAGCAGCUCAGCUGAACACAUGGAAGCAGAAGCUGAUGUAGAGGACAAUGAAAAAGUCUUGACAAUUCACACAUGAGAAAAAUCUGACUGACUGGAUUAACAUUGUUGCACUACAUUCAUAUAAGACUUAAAUGAACUCCAUCUUUAUCAACAUAAGUGGACAAUAUGUUUAAUGUUUUUGUCAUACUGAUUUUCUGAUUUAUACGUUAACCACUGACUGUUGGUGAACCAUUUUAUUUUGGAUUGAGGGCUCCAAGUUUCCAUAUAGAGAUAUAGGAUGAUUCGAUGUUUUGUUCUUUAUUUCUAAAUGUUUUGUAUCAUUGCUAUCCUGUUAAUGAGCCCUGCUGUUUUUACAUAAAUGUACCUGUUAUCUGAUUGUUUUUGCUUCUGUAACUGUAAGGGAAAUGUUUUCCAAGGCCCAUAACUUUGACCCAGUUUAUCAGUUCAAACUGUCCUGACUGAGCACACGCACCUGUAAUCUUGGCUGCUGUUCUCUCAGUGUUUUGUCUCCCCGUUCCUGCCUGUUGGCGUCAGCUGAUAGAGGUGUUAUGAUUCUAUCUUGUUAUGCAUAAUGUUGAUUAUUCUCUGAGAACAAGCUAAAUACAUGAGUCUGGGGUAGAGUUCUCUCAGAAUUGACGUGGCAACUCUACCGUGAAUUCAGAACCUCUGACUCUUUGACUGGUUUUAUGAAUUCUCCGGCCGAAGCUCCAAAUAAACCCAUCAGUGUUUGACAUCAAAGCUCCAGCUCUCCCCAUGUCUCAUUUGAGGCAAGGCCAGUUUAUUUAUAUAGCACCUUUCAACACAAGGCAAUUCAAGGUGCUUUACAAUAAUGAAAGACAUUUGAGUCGGUGACUCCUCCUGCAUUGCUACACAGAAGUUUGCCCCACAGUAACUGUAAGGGAAUUCAUUUGUCUAUUUUGUAUCCUGAUGACCUAAUGCCGUUACAUGUAAUGCGUUUCUCCCUAAGCCUGAUUUCACCCACCUGCAACCGAUUCGCUAAUAAUCACAAAUGUUCAUUUAUUUGACCCCUUGACUCGACUAUUUCUUGUUUAAUAAUCGUUACAUCUCCUCAGGUCCAAGUUCCCGUGUCCUGCCUUUCACCUGCUGAUCACCCACUGCUCA